AUGAUUCCCCUGCUCAUUCAUGAGAACUACCUAGCCGCCAUAUCCCACGGGGUGCAGCAGCGGGGGGGCCCCCCGGGGACCCCCCCCAAGUUGACCCCGGGGGGCCCCCGGGGGCCCCCCAAGGAAGCCAGCAAGGGGGGCCCCCCGGGGGGCCCCCAUGGGGGCCCCCAGGGGGGCCCCUCUGCUGAGCUGGAGGGCCUCACGAGUUGUGCACGAGCUGCUCGUGCACUUUGCCAAGCCGACGUCGCCAACGCAAUUUUGCGCUCCGUAAGCAGCAGCUUUGCAUGCAUGCAUGCAUGCAUGCAUGCAUGCAUGCAUGCAUGCAUGCAUCCAUACAUGCCAUACAUGCACUCAUGCAUGCAUGCAUGCAUUCAUGCAUGCAUGCAUGCGCAUGCAUGCACAUGCAUGCGCGUGCAUGCGCGUUUGUGGGGCGGCGCCGGGUGUACGUACACCGCACGCGCCUUGGGGGCUGGGGUGUACGUACACCUGAGCGCUGAGACUGUGUGGGGCCCCGCAGGCUCAAGACUGGUCCCUUCUUCCCACCUUGGGGGCCUUUUGCUGCGUCGAAGUUCCUGCUGCAGUCAGUCUAAUCCAAACCAACACUUUGCUGCUGCUCCUCUGGGGGCCCCGGGGCCCCCAGCAGCACUUUGCUGCUGCUCCUCUGGGGGCCCCGGGGGCCCCCAGCAGCACCUUGCUGCUGCUCCCCUGGGGGCCCAGGGGCCCCCAGCAGCACUUUGCUGCUGCUUCGCGGGGGGCCCCAGGGGCCCCCUGGCCUUUGGGGGCUCCUGGGGGCCCCGGGGGCCCCCACCUGCCUAG